UUUAAUCUUGGGUUUCAGGGCAACAAUGGCGUGUUUUCGUACAACCUCGAACGCGCUGGAGGCAAGUUCACUGUCACGCCUGCUGGCUACAUUCUGGUCAAUGAUAAGAUCGAUCGUGAAACUGAAGAUGUGCAUUGUUUUCAGGUCGUCGCAAAGGAGACUUUGACGUCGGAGCAAUUACAGGCCGUUGCAUCUGUCACGGUCAAUGUCACGGACUUGAACGACAACAAUCCUGAGUGUUCUCAAGCCGUUUACAGGGAGACUGUGUCCGAGAACCGACCAGAAAACACGUUUGUAGUACAGAUCUCUGCCUCAGACCCUGAUCUAGGACCAAGUGGUACCGUCCGCUUUAGUCUUGUCCCAGACCCCAAUGACCAUUACAAGUCCUUUACCAUUGAUCCUCUCAAUGGCACCAUUUAUACCACGGCCAGUUUUGACCGUGAGGAGUUGGGCCUCUAUAAGCUAACUGUACGAGCCACAGACCAACCGAUCAGUGGACAGGCAAGAUUUGGAGACUGUCAAGUACAAGUUACAAUUGGCGAUGAAAAUGACAACAAUCCAACUUUUACGAAUUUACCAAACGAGACAAGCGUGUCUGAAGGAGCUUCUACGAAUACUGCCUUCUAUACUGUCAUGGCUGUUGACGCCGAUGAAGGUCUGAAUGCUUUUGUUAGCUAUAGUAUUUUCUCCGGGAAUACUGGUGGCGCUUUCGCUAUAGAUCUAAACAGCGGAACCCUCUCGACUCUUCAAAAGCUGGACAGAGAAACUAACGCCCAGUUUUCUCUAGAAAUCACGGCUAGGGAUGGGGGAGGAAAGGCAACAACCGAGAGUCUAGUGGUUCAUAUCAUUGACGUCAAUGAUAACCCACCCGUAUUUACUGAACCCGAGGGAUACCAUUUCACCGUAGAUGAAGGAAAAGCUGGUCUGAUCGUGGGGAUGGUCACGGCAAUUGACGAUGACGAAGGCGUCAAUGCAGAAGUCACUUACAGCCUCAAACCUGUAGAAGACUACAUGAAAUUUUCGAUCGACAAGGCCUCUGGCGAGAUAAAGACGGUCACUGCAUUAGAUCGAGAGACCACUGACCAACACAUCAUCAGGGUUAUAGCUAAAGAUAAAGUCAACGAGGUUGAAGUUCAAGUUAUGAUAAAUGUCUCCGACAUCAACGAUCAUAGCCCGGUAUUUAGUCAGCGGCACUACGUUGUGGCGGUGAAAGAACAACAACCUGCACAUGUCAUCUUGAAUCUGACGGCAACUGACGGGGAUAUUGGUAUCAAUGCUGCCUUUUUGUAUUCAAUCCUGUCCGGAGAUUCUGAUAACAGUUUCACUGUUGAUCCUGCAAGCGGCGCGCUUUCCACCACCGGCCCCUUGGACCGAGAGGAACACGACUCCUACAUUUUAUUGGUUCGUGUGUCAGAUCUCCAUGGUAACCACAGUUAUGGCGUAGUGUUUGACGAUUCCACAGUCGUUGAGGUGGUUGUCGAGAACACAAAUGACCACAGUCCCUUGUUUCCCAACUCUAUGUAUCAAGUGGACAUAUUCGAGAACAUCACCACCGGAACAGCCAUUUUACAAGUCUCGGCCCAGGAUCGCGAUAUCGACCAACUCAUGGGACUGCGAUACUCCAUUGUCAGUGGUAACAGUCUUGAGAGGUUCUUUAUUGAUGCCUUCAGUGGUGUGAUAUACGUAAAAAGUCCCAUUGACCGAGAUCCUCCGAGAAGCGAGACUUCAUUCUUAUUGACGGUCAUGGCAAAAGACGAAGGCAAAUUGUCUUUAAACUCCACUACAAAGGUCAACAUUACCGUAUCUGAUGUGAAUGACAGUCCACCAGAGUUUGAAUCAGCUGUAUACACCGUGACCGUACCAGAGGAUGCCCUAAUAGGGACUGUUGUGCUGCGUCCUGUGAGCAGUGACAGAGAUUCUUCCAGCAAUAAGGAGCUGACCUUUGCCAUUACAUCAGGAAAUGACCAGGUUCCUCCUCAGUUUGAGGUGGACAGUUCGACUGGUGUUAUAUCAAGUUACCAAGAGUUUGAUUACGACGAAAGUCCACAGAAAUACACAUUGACACUGACCGCCACAGACGAAGGACAUCCACCGCUUACGGGAAAUACAACAGUUAUUGUCGAGCUUGAAAAUGUUAACGACAACACUCCUUCGUUUACUCAGCAAAAGUUCUUUUUUACUGCAAAAGAGGGAAUGUAUGCCGGUAACAGCAAAGUUGUUGGUCAAGUGACUGCCAUAGACAAAGAUCAAGAUGAAAUGAAUUCUGUUUAUGGACAAAUUAAGUACGAAUUCGUUAACCAAACAAGUUUCUAUCGUGAUCAUCACUGGCCUUUAGACCGAGAGGAGAAUGGUAAAGUCCUGGACAUUCGUGGAGGUGUUCAGGCAGAGCUGAAGAAUGGCGCCAAAAUAGUCUCGGACCCAGAUCUCGGCGACGUGUUGUCACUCGAAGCACCGGAGGCCUGGAUACUUAUGGGCAAUUUUAAAGAUGAUUGCAUCAGUAAUCCGACUCUGUGCAUUGAAGGGUUAUCACUGGCCUUAUGGAUGAAGUUUACAUCGGGUCAGUCCAUUAUCUCAUCUGGAGGAGCAUCAAGGUUUGCCACAGGGUUUGAUUUUUAUCGCGAGUCAGCUGCUGGUGAUUUCAAGCUUAUCUUGGAAACUUCAACAAAAGAAUGGAGCCUAAAAGUGAACGAUAUACCAAAGGAGUGGUUUUACUUCGCAUUCACGUGGGGUAUUGAAGCUGGAUUGCGUUACUUUCAAAACGGACAGUUGAUCACAUCUACCCAGGCCCCAGAGGACAUCACACGUGCAAGUGACAUUUUCACCCAACUGACUGUCGGGAAAUAUAACGCUGAAAGUCUUGACCAUUACGGUAAUUUGUCGGUCAGCGAUCUUCUCAUUUGGCGCAAGCGCCUUACAGACGCUGAGGUGCUACAUUCGUAUAAAAUUUCUCGGCAUGUCACUGGUAAAGAAAUGCCAAGCUAUCCCCAGUACAUGGACAAUUUCGCAAUCUCAGACGACGGUGUAAUAACUGCUGUUGGUGAACUGGAUCGAGAAACUCAAGCAAACUACAGUUUCGAGGUGCAAGCUAUGGAUCUAGAUCCAGAUCACCCUCGAUAUAAUUCAACCGUCGUGGAAAUAGAAGUCCUGGAUAUCAAUGAUAAUCCUCCAGUAUUUAGACAGACAAAUUACGUGGCGGAUCUCCCAGAGCAUUCCGAUGUUGGAUUUGUUACAUUGCAGGUUGAAGCAGAUGACAGCGAUGGAGGUUCCAACAGUCAAGUAUCAUACAGCAUUGUCAGUGGAAACUUACAGAAUGCAUUCACCAUAAAUGAGAGUACUGGAGAAAUCAAAGUCGCUAGGGACCUGGACCGAGAAAACGUUAAUCAGUUUAUACUUGGAGUUCAGGCUAAAGACGGAGGACAUCCUUCCCUGCAAAACACUGUACAAGUGACAAUAAACAUCGUUGAUGUGAAUGAUAAUUCUCCAAUCAUAAUACCAAACUCUUAUGUUGCAAGUGUAAGAGAGAAUUUGCCCUCUGGUCAAAGUGUCCUACGGCUGACAGUUGAAGAUGCCGAUCAUGGCCCCAACAGCCAGGUUACAUUCACCGUAAAUACUGACAUGUUUGCGAUUAACUCAUCUACCGGCGUCCUUUACACAACCCAACCGCUGGACAGGGAGGAGCAGGCUCAUUACCAUCUGACCGUGCAAGCCACUGACGGAGGAGGGGAGGCUGCAAAGAGCACCACUGUGUCAUUAGAGGUCGAAGUUGAAGAUGAAAAUGACAACUCUCCCCAGUUCACUGAGUCUGUGUACCAAGUGGCCAUCAGCGAGAAUGCAACUGUUGCGUCAUCCAUCAUCCGGGUAUUAGCUGAUGACCCGGAUCACGGUGGCAACGGCGAUGUCGUCUUCACUCUUAUGGGAGGGGACGGGGUUUUUGCUAUCAACAAGACUUCAGGUGUUAUCAGCAUCAUGGCUAAAGUUGACCGCGAAGCCAAACCCAAUGGCUAUUCAUUGACCGUGACAGCAAGGGAUCAUGGGUAUCCUGUGCCCCAGUCCUCCACGGCCUUUGUCAAUAUAACCGUGUCCGACAUCAACGACAACGCCCCUCGGUUUGAUAAAUUCACUUAUUUGGCUGAGGUGAGAGAGGACAGUGAAAUAAAUACGGUUGUUAUUGUGGUUCAUGCUGUGGAUGACGAUGAGGGACUGGCAGGAGCAAUUAUUUACUCUAUCACAGGUGGUAAUGUGGGUAAUGUAUUUGCGAUCAACUCAUCUGGAGUUAUACUGGUUGCUAAGAAGUUAGACAGAGAAACAAAAGACGCCUACGAGCUAACGAUAACCGCUGAAGAUCGAGCAGGUGACCCAAAAUCGACAAGCGUUGAAGUUGAUAUUAACAUAGCUGAUGCUAAUGACAACCCGCCUUCUUUUCGCGAGCUGGCACUGAACAUUCCUAUUAGUGAAUCUGCUCUUCCCGGGAUGCCUGUCUAUACGUUGAUAGCUGAUGACCCGGAUGUUGGUAGUAAUAAAAUUGUCACCUACUUUGGGUACUCCUCAGAGGGAAAGUUUGCAAUCAACCCACAGACAGGAGUUAUAAGUACAGUGGGAAAGCUGGACUAUGAGGAGCAACAGAAGUAAGAGANACAAGUAAAUGCUACUGACAAGGAUGAUGGAGAUAACAAGCUUAUUACAUACUCGAUCAGUGGAGGAAACUUAGGGGAUGUAUUUCAAAUUGAUGGUGAUACGGGUGUAAUCACAACAAGGAAAGACCUUGACCGCGAAGCGCCUGGGUUAGCAGUUGAUGCAGAUGGAAGAGGAGUGUAUACAUUAAUGGUAGAAGCCAUUGACCAUGGCUCACCAACACAGCGGACUACAGCCACGGUACGUGUGCUUAUUGUUGAUAUAAAUGACAACACACCGUUGUUCCCGCCAAAUGGUUACAGCGUUAAAAUAUCCGAAGGCGCCAAAGCCAACAGUGACGUCAUUGCAGCGGUGGCCAUUGACCCGGAUGCAGGAAGCAACAGCGAAUUGGUUUACGAACUGAUUUCUGGGAACACUGGGAGUGAUUUUUCAUUGGAUUCACAUACAGCCAUGAUCAGAACUCGCAAAAACCUUGAACGUCAGCAAACAUUCUCCUACACCCUUACUAUUGGCGUGUCAGAUCAAGGAAAACCCGCGCGUAUCGCUACGACUCAAGUUCACAUCGAGGUUGGUGACAUUAACGACAAUGAUCCGGUGUUUGACCCGGUGAAUUAUACCGUUUCCGUGUACGAAAAUUCCCUCGAGGGAACACCCUUGGUCAAUGUUACAGCGACAGAUGCAGACAGUGGCCAGAAUGCUAGGAUCACUUAUACUGUCACAGGAGGAGAUCCAUUCUCAGUGUUUACUGUGGAUACACAGGACACAUAUGGAACGGUUAAAAUCGAAAGUCAUGUUGAUCGAGAGCAACAGAAUAGCUACACUCUGAUAGUGACUGCAGCUGAUGGAGGGGUUCCACUUAGUAGAAAGGCUUAUGCUACAGUGUUCGUAACAAUACUAGAUAGGAACGACAACUCACCGAAGUUCUCUCAAUCCUCGUACACUGGGAGUAUCAUGGAAAACUCCAGAGCCGGUACAACUGUGGACAUGCAUCAAGAGAUUAAAGCUACUGACUUUGACACGGGUCUUCAUGCGGAUAUCCACUAUCACCUGAAUGGCUCUGAGAGACAUCAGUUCUCCAUCGAUCCCAUAACAGGAAUUAUUUCAACCAGGAAAUUCCCGCUUCCGACCUUGGACCACGAGAGAAUUGCAAACUACUCAUUCUAUGUUGUGGCUGUCGAUGAGCAAGGAGCUGGGCAUGCGUCAGUUGCAGCUGUUAAGAUUCAAGUUAUUGACGCCAACGAUAAUGUUCCUCGAUUUGAGCCAUCGACGAAAAACGUGACAGUCAGCGAAGAUUCUUCAGUGGGUUUUUCAGUGACUAUAGUUCAUGCCACUGAUCCCGACCAUCAACUCAAUGGAAAGGUGUCUUAUUCAAUGAUAUCUGGGGCGGAUGGAAAAUUUGAGAUUGGUAGAAAUGAUGGUGUUAUCCGCGUCAUUGGCGCCUUGGACCGAGAAACGAAAGAACAUUAUGCUCUGAACAUAUCGGCUUUAGAUGGGAGUUAUUAUCCACUCGAAGGGUUUGGUAUGGUAUUUAUUACCCUGUCAGAUAUAAAUGAUAAUAAACCACGAUUUGAAAGUUUGGUAUACACCGUGACAAUAUCGGAGGACUCUCCAGUCGGUAGUUUUCUCGUCAAUCUCACAGCUAAAGACCCGGAUUAUGGUGUAAAUUCUGAUAUUUCCUAUUCCAUGGAUCACCCUAAAUUUAUAAUAGACUCCCAAACAGGAAGCGUGACGACGAAGGGGGAACUGGACCGAGAAACUCAGGACGCUUAUUCAUUCAUCGUUCGCGUUCAAGACGGCGGAGGUCUGGAGUCCACUGUAGCGGUAAACGUGGUAAUCUCAGAUACCAAUGAUAAUUCACCGUAUUUCCUGAGUGCAAGGUACAAGACGGACGUUAUCGACAAGACGCCGGUCGGUACCAUUGUGCUAACUAUUGUGGCAGAAGAUAAGGAUAUCCAUGACAACGGCCGUGUUACGUAUUCUAUCGCUGACGCCAAGGAUGAUUUGUUUAAUAUCGAUCCAGAAGACGGCUUCAUAAAAAAAAAAGCGAGCGAAGCGCUUAUCUCGGUCCCCAUCCCCUACCCAGUUAAGUCUUCCAGUUCUCUCGCGUUUCUAUCCGCGCUCAACGAUCGAAUAAAAAUACGAGAAAAUGAAGGGCUGCGAGCAGUCUGUAUUGGCAACAGCACUAAUUUCAUAAUUCUUUCUUUUCAGGGUGAAAUUUCGACGCUGAUCGCAUUAGACAGAGAAGUACGAGACGAUUAUGUGUUUACCGUUCAAGCCAUGGACAAUGGACAGACACCACUCAGCGGUUACACUUCGGUUACUGUCCAUGUGACCGACGAUAACGACAACGCUCCUCGAUUCCAGUUCCACUCUCCAUACAAAAUGACCGUCAUGGAGGAUGCACCCCUGGGGACUAGAGUGGGCCGACUACAGGCUUUCGACAGCGAUGUCGGGCAGAAUGCGGUGGUUGAGUACGCUAUUACACAUGCAAAUAUUGGUCCAGGGCUAUCAAUGAUCUCGAUCCACACUGACUGUGAAACUCCCCUGGGACUGGAGAAUGGUGACGUAAGAGCCAGUGACACAAGCGCGACAAGCACGUACACAGUCCCCAACGAGGAUUACUCUCCAACACUGGGAAGACUUAAUAACAAGGUGUUCAACCGAUUUGGAAUUUCUUAUAAAGGUGCUUGGUGUGCCGGGGUGAAUAACAAACAGCAGUAUCUGCAAAUCGACUUCCGAGGGAUGCGAAAAGUGACAAAAAUCGCCACUCAGGGGAGGCCUGGGUCCAAUGACUACGUUGAAAGCUUCAAACUGUCAUUCAGCUUAGAUGGAAACCCUUUUGAAUUCCAUAGAGAGGUUUUUGUGGGUAACACCGAUGGUGACAGCAUCAACACUAAUCGGGUUCUUCCCCCAUUUCAAGCACGAUACGUGCGAGUUCACCCUCAGUCAUGGAACAACAAAAUCUGCUUAAGGCUCGAGAUGUACGGGUGCGAGUCUACUGGCAAAGAUGAAGUUACUCUUCCUUUCAUCAUUAAUCCGGACACUGGUUAUGUUAGCACUUCACAUAGUCUAGACCGUGAACUACAGCACAAGUAUAUUCUGACAGUGGAGGCCAAAGACAAAGGCAUUCCAUCUAUGAACAGCACUACAACAGUUGAAGUACUGGUCAUCGAUACUAAUGACAACCCACCAGUGUUUACGAAACCCGUGUACACUGCGUCAGUACCAGAGAACGCUUUCGGAGGAUUUCAGGUAAUACGAGUUACAGCGCUGGACGCUGACGAAGGAAACAAUGCUGCUGUUACUUACAAUAUCAUAGACGGCGCAGACGGAAAGUUCAUCAUUGAAGGAUCUUCUGGCAUUGUUCGUCCUUCUAGCCGUCUUGACUACGAAUCGAUGGCGGACAAGUUUUACAUUCUAAAUAUUUCUGCAACUGACAAUGGCCAUCCGCAGUUUACGUCGUAUACUGUCCUUAAUAUCACCGUCACAGACUUUAACGACAAUCAACCUAAAUUCUCACAAAAUUCCUACAACCUGGGCGUGUCCGAGGAUGCUACGGUAGACACUUACUUUGAUCAAAUCAUUGCGACUGACGAAGACGCUGGAGAAAACGCAAAGGUAAUGAAUGGUCUUUUAAAAUGUUUUGCUGAAAUUCUACGCAAAUUAUUUGUCUAUAUUUCAGCUUUAUCAACAAUUAAANGCCAGGAGCUUGCGAAGUUCCUUGCAUUGCGAACACCCAAAGACUUCAAUUCUCGUCACAUCCAGACUUUCGCUGGUAAACCACUGUUUCGCAAAGUUGAUAAACAAGUUUUGAAUAAUUCAUUUGAAGGACUGUUUUCAAUACAUGAGCUAACUGGAGAAAUAAUUGUGGCGAAACCGCUGGACCGUGAAGUCAAAGACAUCUUGAGCAUCAGCGUGUUCGCGGUGGAUGAUGGGGAACCUCAGAGAAGUGACAAAGCAGAAGUGGAAUUUUUCCUGACUGACGUUAACGACAAUUCACCUGUGAUAAGACCACAGAAGAGCGAGGCCUCUGUUUUUGAGAAUGUAAACAGUGGAUCUUUUGUUUAUGACGUUAAUGCAACUGAUGAUGACAUCACGCUGAACGGGAAAGUGGAAUAUGCCAUCAUGCACGGCGAGGAAGGGAAGUUUGUCAUUAAUGCUACUUCCGGUAUAAUAACAACAGCUGGAGCUCUGGACCGAGAAAAAAAGGAUUCCUACACGCUUAUUGUCAUGGCACGUGAUCAAGGAACAGUUCCGUAUAUGGACUUCGGAACAGUAGAUGUCGAGAUUCUUGAUAUGAACGACAACACACCACGCUUUACAACCACUUUUGGACCGUUCAUGGCGACUGAAAACGAACCAGUGAACACAACUAUUGGAAAGGUUUUUGCUGAGGAUAAAGAUAUCGGGAAGAACGCUGAAAUAACGUAUUCCAUUACCGAAGGAGACGUGGAUAACUGUUUUAAUAUCAACGGAACUUCAGGAACAAUUUUUACCAGGAAACCUUUGGAUCGCGAGAGGACUAGGAUUUACGAUCUUACAGUAUCAGCAACAAACAUCGCGUCCAAUCCUUCUCUGAGCAGCAGCACGACGGUUAGAGUCAAUGUCCUGGACACCAACGAUGAACCGCCUCGCUUUAGUGUUUCAAGCUACAACGAGACCAUCUCCGAGGGAGACAAAGCUGGGACGUCCAUCGUGAAAGUGUCCGCGCAAGAUAAAGAUCUGGGGACGAACGGGCGAGUGUUGUACAGAAUUCUAUACGACGAAGUAAACACAAACGUGUUUAGCAUAAAUCAAGAUUCAGGAAUAAUGACGCUGAAAAACACCAUUGACGAAGAAGAAUACAGACGAUUUAUGGUCAUGGUAGAGGCCAAGGACCUUGGAUCGCCCCAGCCCCUCUCGUCCGUUGUACCUGUACACGUUACUGUUGAAGAUGUAAAUGACAACCAGCCCAUAUUUGAUAAACAAUCCUAUAGUGCUUCAGUGUCGGAGGCCGCUGCUGUUGGUCGCUCAGUUAUCAAGGUCAGAGCAACAGACCAAGAUACGGGAACUAAUGCUGAAAUAACCUACGAGAUUAUAAGUGGAGAUGAUCAAGGUGAUUUCCGCAUAGACAACACUGGCUCUGUGUACGUAAACAGAGGAUUGGAUAGGGAAAGAAUUGCCACCUAUUCGCUAGUGGUUGGAGCUUAUAACUAUGAAACCAAGGCCUUUAAUGAGACAAGCCGACCACGGCAGAGAAAUGUGGACGCUGAGGGUUAUCUGUAUGACACUUCAACCGUUACGGUAGCUAUCACUGAUAUAAAUGACAACGCCCCAACGUUUAUCAGGCCACUUUUUACGGGAGGUAUUGCAGAAGGUGCAGAUCUAAACACUUUCAUCAUGAAAAUCAGGGCUACAGACAGAGACGCGGGUAACUUCAGUGCGGUGCAGUAUAGAAUAUCAUCUGGAAAUGACGGUGGCUUUUUCAAGAUCGAUGAGAACACAGGAUUCAUAACGACAGCAAGUAACUUCAAAGGGAAGAAGGGUCAGCGGUUUACCAUUAAAGUGAGUGCUUACGACAAUCAUGGGAAGGCUCCUACAAACGAAGCUGAUGGAGAGGCAACCGCACAGAUAUUCGUUCUUGUUGAUGAACAGAGAGUCACUCUCAAGGCUCAAGUUGAUCCAUCUCUCAUCGAGCAGAAUAAAGAGGAGUUUAUCAGUAUGUUGAAUAACAUCACUGAAGCCGAGGUGAACAUAGAAGCGAUAUUCAAGGUCUUUGCUGAGACUACCGAUGGGAGACAAAUCGCUAACUCUGAAGUACUCUUCCAUGCUGUCAAUGUUGAGCAUCAAAAGAUCAUGACCAGUGAUGAAGUGUUAAGUACAAUUGAAAAACACGCUGACAAGUUAGAGACUCUGUACGCCAGAUGGAAGAUAAGGGCUCCGAUUUCCACUACAACAGAGCCUCCAGCAGAUGAUAGUGGCCUGGGUAACGCUGAACUGGCGCUGAUCAUCUUGGGAUCUGUUGUGGGGCUGCUGUUGUUGCUUGGUCUGUGCUUCGCUAUUAAGACCCGCUGCAGAGUUAAGAAACGUGACAUGUACAACUCACCAAGAGGGCGAAGAAAGUUUGGUGACGUUAAUCGUCAUGGUUCCUGGUCACAGUACGAUGACAUUAUCAGUUCUAUUGAGGGCAAAGGCGUUGCCUCCGUCAAAAUGUCUCGUCCGGGAAGUUCAUAUGGAAGUGAUCCAGGAAUGUUCGGUUCAGAAUAUGCCCUGACCAAGAAAAGGCAUUCACUGGAAGACAGAAUUUGGGAUGAGGGUGAUUAUUACUUAUCACAGGAUUCCAAACUGGACUCGUAUCUUGAUGAUGACGGUGAAUCGGACCACGGAGCAGCAGCAAGUGACAUCAGCCAGGCAAGCUCUGCUCAUUCAUCAGGAAUGACAGCUGAUGGCAUGGUGGUUACUAAAGUGUAGUAAGAGACACGGAUCGGAGAGGUGUGGAGGACAACUUACAAACUACGAACUUCCUUAAUAGAGCAAUUUUAUUUACGACCUUGAAAUGAUUACGAGUGACCAUAAGCAAAACACAAAAUGGGCACUGUAAAAUGAAUCGAUUCCAGGCUCAGUGAACGGAGACAGGCAUUUUGGUUGUGUUAGCGAACACGCCAAGCAAAGCUUACGGAAUACGGGCAGCAUUUUUUCUUGAUCAUGAAAAAAAAUAGACGCUAUGACGUUUCGGCGCCAUCUUGAACGACUUAUUAAAUCUGCAGUUGGGAUAAUGGCGACAAGAUGACGCCGAAACGUCAUGUUACAGCGUGUAUUUUUCUUUUAGGAUAUCAUGAAAUCUCUCGGGUUAUUUUUUACUGAACAAGGAAAAUAGUAGAAACUACUCUCUCCCUUAUUUUUUGGAUUCACGAGUAAUCUUUUCAAAUACUGACGGAUAAACGACAUCGUUAACAAUCACGAAAACAUCUUCUCAAGGUAGCACGAAAAUCGUUGAGUUAAAACUGGUUGUUCGCAGAUGAGAGAAAGUUUCCAUGACUUGAUAAUGGCAGGUGAUGUCCUGAAUUGAUUAUGCUUUAAAAUGGCAUAAAUGUCACGCCAAACAAACACAACAAGAAAUAACUUCUUUUCAGCAAACAACAAAUGAAUAGCAUUGAUAACAGUAGUAAAAAAUGAUAGGCUGCA